UUGUCAUUGUAUGUUUUUGUAAAGUGCGCGCGUUUUAUGAUUGUUCACUAUUUCUGCAGAAUUUAAAUUGUGUUGCGAUGGAUGAAAGUAAAAUGGUAAAUACUGGUGAUAAGAGACCUGAGUGUGUGAAAACACAGUUAUUUCGAAGAACCAUGGAAAGCAUUUUUAAAGGAAUUUGCAAGGAUAUCGAUGAAGGAGUGAUGCAAGAGUGUUAUGGAAAACUUCUUGGGAAAUAUCCAGCAACAAUCUCCAAAAUACAUAGCCGUUUUAUAGACUAUGUAGAAACAGAAUUUAAGGAGAAAAUUGAUGAACUUGUAAUUGAAGAAAAUGUAAAUGAAAAAUUUCUACAACUUCAAAAGCUGGAAGAAGACAUCUCACCAGGAAAUGUGAAAUGGCUGCCGUCGAGGAACUGCUUGAAUGACAUACGUUCUCAUGACUGUCAGAAACAAAUGCAAUUGAAACAGGAGCUGGUGGCUCUAGUAGAAAAAGAAGAAGCAGAGGUAGAAAAAAUGAAGAUGAAAGUAGAAGAUGCAAGAAAACAAUAUGCAAGCCUUCAAAGCAAGGUUUCAAACUUGACUGAAAUUUCUUCCAAGCUAAACAUGUGCACAGAGAGAAUAGAAAUACUACUAGAAAACUUAGUUUCAGACUUAGAACUUGGUCACUAUAUUUAUGAGUGACUUCCAGCUGUUUGUGUCCCUGAAAGUACAUACCUUUUCUGAGAGCAGCAUUUAUGUCUCAUGAUCCAAAUAAUCAUCACACAGUUCAGUCUCUACCAUAUUUUGUAACAGUAGUUAAAAAUGUGGAUUUUAUUUUUGUUAUAUUUCUUUGUGUACUGUAAAUUGAUAAUUUUGAUUAUGGGUUAAUACUCUGAAGGCUUCAAACUGCAGUUUUUCAUUCACCAGAUGUGGCUGCAGUUUCUAUUAAAACCUAUUGAAACCUGUAGUAUUCAUGUCUGAAAAAUAGCAUUUUUUUUAGUGCUUUGUAUGUGCAAUUUCUUUAGUUUUGAUCUCAUGUUGACAAUAAUUUUUAUUUUGUGUAUAUGUAUAGCAAAAGAUUGAUUGGUAUGCUCCUUUGAACA